GUUGCGUCUCGGUGAAGUUCCGUGACAGUAGACAGGACGCCUAGUCGAUCGCCGAAACAGAGUUUGCAACCUCGCAGAGCAGCGAGAAAAUCACCGGAGUUGUCUAGUUACACGCACCGUUGGCAUAUACUUGGAGAUUCAUUGCAUUGCUUGGAUAUUUUCUUAAAGCGUGUUUAUGGCUGAGAACGGAGACAUAUUUUUACGAGCAAAACGGCGUACGUUCAGCGGACUGACAGAAGAUGUGGAGCGUGAGUGGCGAGGACCCUUCUGCUUCAUCCAGGCCGCAGACCCCCAGCUGGGGCUGAUCAACGACUGGAGGGACAGUGGGCCUGGGGACGUGUGGUCGGAGGAGGUGCAGCUCAUUCAGCAGACGGUGGGCGCCGUCAACAAGCUCCGCCCCCGGCCCAGGUUCAUGGUGCUCUGUGGGGACCUGGUCCACUCCAUGCCAGGCUCCCCCUACAGGUCUGGACAGGAGGCGGACCUGAAGCGGGCCCUGGAGGACACGGACCCCUCCAUCCCGCUGGUGUUUGUGAGCGGCAACCACGACUUGGGCAACACCCCCACCCCGGCCACCGUGCAGCAGUACUGCCAGGACUGGGGGGACGACUACUUCAGCUUCUGGGUGGGUGGAGUCCUGUGCCUGGUGCUCAACUCCCAGUUGUUCUAUGACGCCUCGCUCUGCCCCGCGCUGAAGGAGGCCCAGGACGUGUGGCUGAACCAACAGCUACACAACUGCUUGGAGGAGCCCCGGCCUAAGCACGUCCUGGUGUUCCAGCACAUCCCUCUGUACCUGAAGACCCCCGACGAGGACGACGACUACUUCAACCUGCACAAGGACGUCAGGCCCCGCCUCCUGGAGAAGUUCAAGGCAGCAGGCGUGAAGGCGGUGUUCUCGGGCCACUACCACCGCAACGCGGGCGGCGCCCACGACGGCCUGGACAUGGUGGUGAGCUCGGCCAUCGGCUGCCAGCUUGGCGGGGACGCCCACGGCGUGCGGGUGGUGGUGGUCACCGCCGACGCCGUCCUCCACCGCUACUACAGCCUGGAGCAGCUGGCCGCCCAGGGCAUGGACCUCGACCUCAGGAGGCUCCUGCAGCAGCCGUGACCGGCCAAUUGGAAGGGGGGGCGGGGCGAGGCCGUGACGAACCAAUCAGGAUGAUGGCUGCGGUCAUGACAAACCCAUCGGGAUGAUGGCUGCGAUCGUGACAACGAAUCAGACAGGUUUUCCGAUUUAGGACCGGUUCGACUGCCGUGAUAGUAUUUGAUUUUGGUUUUGAUUUUUGAUUUUGUAAUCCGUUGUGAAAUAACGAUUGAAUGGUGAUGUGGAGGGGGAGGGGGGGAUCGUAAUACUUCCUUAUUAUACCUCAGGAACUUUAUACUAGAUAAAGGGACAGGACUCGUGUCUCUAGGACAGUGAAUAAUGGUUCUUCCAUUAAAGUUUAACAGUAUUGCAAUCCGUUAUCACACUGGUGGUUUUGGUGUGUGUUACAUAAUAGGUUUUUAUUCCCUUUCUGUUAGAAAAUGAUAAUAAGAAGAAGGUCAGCACAAAAAUGUUAUCGUUUUAAGCUUUUAUCGUCUCACAACUAUGCAGCUUAUUUUUCUGUCGAGGUCUUUGCUGCUCCACUACAAGCUACGUUGGUUCACCUCACCUGAUCGUUUCUGUUUGGUCCUUUGUUGUGUUAGCCGGAGGGGGCUCAUAUGCCAGGACACAGAAUAUGACUCUAACGAAGGCCGGUUGGGGUUGAUUGAUUAAUGUAUCCGGAUCGCAUGUCAUAAAACAACACUGUUCAAAACUAGUUCAACGUCUAAUAGUUAAGUUCAUAUCCCAAAAUUGUGUGUCUGUAUUUAAGUGAUCCAUCGCUGAAUAGUGGUAGACUGGUAGUACCGGUGAUAUCAAAUCAGAUGAUCUCAUUGGCUAUAAAUCUAGAUGGAGCUCCUAAGCAUAGGCCUUUGGUACGUCUGGUGACAUGCCUGAGAACUAUGUAGAAAACCUCUGACAUUCCUGGAGAAUUCAUUGCAUAUAAUAAUCAAUAAUAAUAAUACUAAAAUGAGUCUGUACAAAAUUUAAUUAAAAACUCCAAAACGAUG